GAGCGAACCAACACCAAAAGCGCUUAGUCCCGAUCAUAAACUCGGUACAGUCGGUUAUUUAGAUCGAACAUUUAAUGCCGAAGUACAACCCAGAAUGGUUUCAUUCGGUCACAGCCAAGUUUGGUAUCAUUCGGCUCGCAAAGAAUCGAAAAGCUAACAGCAUUAUUUAAAAGAGGUCAAUUAAAAGAUCAAGAUUUUGAUUAUUUGCUAACAAAGUUCAGAGAGACGUCUUUUCUCGGCUGGACGAAAUGGAAGAUCGAAUCAACCAUACAUCCAAUUAUUGUUACUGCUUUUCGAGAUGCAGCGAUGGCUGAGCAAGUUAUUUCAUCAAACAUUAUCAAUGAAAUGCUCUCACGAUUGAUAGAUGGUCCACGAAAUGUCUCUAGGCUAUGUGCUGAAACUCUUUUAAUUCUUGUUAAAAUCANACACUUUUACAACAAAUGAGAGGAGUUGAAAAAGCAUUAACCAAACCAAACGAUUCUGCAGUAAAACAGAACUUAGUCGAAAUUUACACUCUCUAUGGUUCCAGUGGUUAUCAUGUAAAAUUAGAUUUAAUUUCGCUUGAAAAAAAUUUACAAGACGUUAAGACAUGUUUAACAGCUAGUUAUCUUUUCUUCAAAGCAGCUGUUACUGAGAAACGUACUUUUUCUGAUCGAACGGUGCGAAUUCUUUGUCAAGUCGGCAUGCGUGGUGAAUACGACAUCAAAGCACGAAAUUACUGUUUAUGGGCUCGGGCUUACAGUAUUCGUGAAACGAAAGAUAAACAAUCGAUCUCUUCAGAAUUGAUCAACAAUCUUAUUGAAAUACUUCUCAGUCCAGAGAUGAGUAUCAAACAAACAGCAGCAGUGGCACUUUGUUAUUAUGGCAUGGACGAAAAUAUUGUUUUAUCUGCGAAAGUUCUUGAACAAUUAGCAGUUCUACUAUCAGAAAAAGAUCAAAAUCCGUUAGAUAAUAUCGUGCCUCUCUAUCAGAAAAUGUCGAAACAACAUGAAAAAAUUCCAGUUGUAGCUUUGGAAAAUCUUGCUCGACUUCUUCAACAUCCAGAAUUUUCCUUACGUCAAAAAGUUAUUUGGACAUUCAAACAUGUAGUGGAUAACGGACAAGAAUUAUCAAUGCCCAUUCUUGAUCUGAUCGAUCUUUGUUUAGAUGAUCAAGAACCACAUAUUCGAAAUCCAGUAGGUCGAAUAUUUAUCACCACCUAUUGGCAAGAUCAACUUGUGCGAAAUGGCAGUGAAACAAUUCGUCGUGUAUCAGCUCGAUUAGAAACAUUAUUGCUUUAUUUCAACGACCAUAUGAAUUACAAGUACAAAUCUCGGCUUUGGAAUUUCUUCGGCAAUUGGUAG